UGUGUUGCUCAUCUCCAUAGCAACACUGGAGGAGAUAAAAUAGUUCAGGUGGCCCUGGACUUCUGGAGAGCAGGGCGAGACAGAGAUGGAGCUGAAGGAUUUGGAAACACCGCUCUCCUUGUCCAACAACAAAUCAAGUUACACGUGUCUAAUGUUAAGAUUAGCCCCUUCUGUGUUUAUAAUCCUGGAAUUAGAAAACAAGGCUUUUUAGACCUCAAAUACAAAAUUCCUUUUUUAUUCUGUCCAUCCUUGUUUCUUUUCCCUAACCCGUCUCAUCUGAUGUGUGACAUGGUUGAGAUGGCUGCCAAGGGCCUGAAGCCCAACCAGGAAGUGGCUAACCAGUCGGCCAGAGAAAUGAUUUACUUCCCCAAAACAGAGAAGCUCUUCUCUGUAAAGGGCUGCAAGACCAUCAGCAGCAAGCUGGACCAAUGCACAGCGUUGCAGUCAGCAGCUGCGGAGUGAACGAUCUACGAAUCAUAAUGAGUAGUAAUUUAUGAUGAAAGGUGAUUUUGUAGGUCUGAUAAAUCGGUCUGUGGAUGCCGACGGCAAAGAAAAAGGGAACAUCUACCACCUACUCUUCUGUGGGGACUUUGGAUGACCCUCAGGUAUCCGGACAUCAACGGGCUUGCCUGCUGUCAGACUUUUCUGAGGAGUGCAGGGGACUUGUAUAGGCUGGCUUUCUCCCACCAUCCUUUUUCACAAGCAUUGCGCUUAAUCAGUUUUGAAGGACCCCCCCUUCUCAGAGCGCAGUCACAUAUGAAUCUUGUUGAGGCAAUAUGCAACCAAGAAAAACAAAUGACAACUAUUUGACAAACACUUUUAGUCACAGUCCAGAAUUUAGUUAUUCCAUGCCAGCCCCAACUCUGGCUGUAUGUUACAGGCAGUCUGUAUAGAGGAGCGGUUUCCUGGACACAGAUUAAGCCUAUUCCUGGACUAUUAAACAAGGUCAAUG